CCAUCAAUUUCUCUUCAAACAAAUCUAGAACCCACUUAAGUACCUCUCCCUUUGUUGUAUUUGGUCUUCCCUUCCUUAGCCUCAAGUCUCAACCUCCCCUUUUUUUUGCCGAGUCCAUUGCUCCAUUCAAAGCCCUUCUUCUCAGUCCUCACACCCCUUCUCUCUCUCACUCCUCCUCAAUCUCUUUCCUCUUCUUCUUGAUAUAUGGCCAAAGGAAGUGGACUCUCCUUUGAUCCAGAUCGCAUCGGAUUGUUCCUUCACAAACCAACUGUUAUCAAUUCACUUCUUCAUCAUCAAGAGGACAAAAAAGGCAAACACCACAACAAUUACCGCCGCCACCUCUAUUAUCAUCAUCAUCACAAGUUGAAGCAAGAAGAAGCACCAGCUGCAUUCAUGGAGAUGGAUUCAGCCAGUGCUGUUGUUAACAAGAGUAAUAACAACAGCAGGUCUUCACCACCUACUACUAUUCAAUUCCCAGUUAACCUUAACUGCUCUACCCAUGAUGAUGAUCAAGAUGAUGGUCCCUUGCCUCACAACAACUCUGAUCAUCAUCAAGAAAUGGACUUCUUUGCUGAUAAGAAACCGAAGACUGAUGAAUCCAAGGCAGCCACCAUCCCUCAUCCCGAUGCUGAUACAAAAGAUCUCAGUGGACCUACUGAAUUGGGAUUCAAUGUAAAUACCGGCUUGCAUCUUCUCACUGCAAACACUAGUAGUGAUCAGUCAAUAGUGGAUGAUGGAAUCUCACCUCACUCUGAUGAUAAAAGAACUAAAAGUGAGCUAGCUGUUCUUCAAGCUGAGCUAGAGCGAUUGAACGGAGAGAAUCUACGUUUGAGGGAAGUGCUAACUCAAGUAUCCAACAAUUACAACAAUCUUCAGAUGCAUCUGAUGACAGUGAUGCAGCAGCAGCCGCAGCAAAAACAAGAUCACAUAAAAGCUGACAAUAUUGGUGAAGGACAAGAAGGAAAACUACCACUGGAAGACAACAAUAAUAAGCACCAACAAAACAGUCAUGGCCUAAUGGUGCCACGACAGUUCAUGGAUCUUGGACUAGCUGCCGGUGCCACUGUUGAGACUGAUGAGGCUUCUUUGUCAUCCUCGGAGGGCCGAAGCGGCCGGGAGCGGUCACGAUCACCGACGAAUAAUGUUGAGGCCAGCACAGGUGGUAGUGAUGGGAGAGAUGAUAGUCCAGAAAAGGGUUCGCAAGGAUGGGGUCCUAAUAAGGUUCCAAGACUAAACAAUGGCUCCAAGAAUGUUGAUCAGGCUACUGAGGCUACCAUGAGGAAGGCUCGAGUGUCAGUCCGAGCCCGGUCAGAGGCACCCAUGAUAACUGAUGGUUGUCAAUGGCGUAAGUAUGGACAGAAGAUGGCUAAAGGAAAUCCAUGUCCCAGAGCUUAUUACAGAUGCACCAUGGCCGCUGGCUGCCCAGUUAGGAAACAAGUUCAAAGAUGUGCUGAGGACAGAACAAUUCUAAUCACAACAUAUGAAGGCAAUCACAACCAUCCAUUACCACCAGCGGCGAUGGCUAUGGCUUCAACAACAUCAUCAGCUGCAAGAAUGUUGCUUUCAGGAUCCAUGCCUAGUGCUGAUGGAUUGAUGAACUCAAAUUUCCUAGCCAGAACACUUCUCCCUUGUUCAUCAAGCAUGGCUACAAUUUCAGCGUCUGCACCAUUUCCAACUGUUACAUUGGACCUUACACAAAAUCCAAAUCCAUUACAAUUCCAAAGAUCUCCGAACCAAUUCCAUCUUCCUUUCCCUAAUGCACCUCAGAAUUUUGUAGGCAAUCCAGCAGCACUUUUACCACAGAUUUUUGGGCAGGCAUUGUAUAAUCAAUCAAAGUUUUCUGGCCUACAAAUGUCUCAAGAUUCAGAUGCUGCCCACUUAGGCCAUCAAGUCCCACAAUUGCCACCAUUGCACCAAGGCCAGCAGAAUCCCUUGGCUGAUACUGUCACUGCCCUCACAGCUGAUCCAAAUUUCACUGCAGCAUUGGCAGCAGCAAUCACCACUAUCAUUGGGAAUCCUCAGUCAACAAAUGCAGCAAAUAACAGUAGUCUCAAUAUUACAACCAACACCAGCAACAAUAAUGGAAGUGUUACUACUAGUAACAACAAUAGCAAUGGAAACAAUAAAGUCCUCAACACAAGUUUUCCAGGGAAUUGAAAGUGAAGCUACUUUUCUUUUUCUUUUUAUUUCUUUUACUUCUUUUUUCUUCCUUAUUUGGCUUUACAUCAUUUUGUUUUACUAGCAUAAUACAAGUGUUCAUUAUUUUGGGCUUGGAGAGUUGGCUUAAACAUAGAUCAGUCCCUUUUGAUUAUUUCUUUUU